AUGCGGGGUUGGUACCUAUUCCUGGCUGUUUGCCUCCUGGAUGUCAUUGCCGCUCAGGGUCCCGAAAAGCGAAGGACCGGAAACGUGUGUAACUCGGAUGUCGAGUGUCCAGACAAUGCUUUCUGUAAACAGAGCAGCUACUGUGUGUGUAAAGAUGGCUUCGUUUACGCAGCGGUGAAUAGCACGCACAAGGGGUGCUUGAAGGAGGCUCGUAACGGAGAAGAAUGCGUCCAGCACAUUCAGUGUCACUCCACUAUGGGAGUACAUUCUGAAUGUAGCAAUGGUAUCUGCUCGUGCGCAACAAACUCACAUCUCGAGACAGACCGCUGCUAUGAAACAGCUGUGAUUGGUGAGCGUUGUGUCGUAGACCAGAACUGCUUUUUGGGCGAGCAAGUACUGGACCGCCAGGCCUUCUGUGUCCGCGGGUAUUGUACCUGUCAGCUGCAAUUCAGCCCUAGGGAUAAUGGAACCAGAUGCGUUCGAGAUGCCCUAUUGGGCGAGACAUGCGAAGACAAUUUACAAUGCGCAGGCCCCGGAUUGGAGUGUCGUGGGACAUGUCGUUGUAGAGAUAACUGGGUGGCCCAUACAGAAAUCAACGCGUGUGUUGAAUCUGCGAAAAUGCUAAACGAUUCUUGCCAAUACGACGUGCAGUGCGAAGCCCUAUCAGGGGUGGCGGAAGCCAAGUCUGUGGGGGCGGCUUUGUGUCUGGGCGGUGUCUGCUCGUGUGGAUACAACGCACGACCUGUUGGCAACCCUGCCCACUGCUGGCACAGAAGACGCCCCGGUCAGGAAUGUAUCCGGGAUGAGGAAUGUGUGUCUGAAGAAGAUGAGCCAGGAUAUUGCCUUGCAGGCCGUUGCACCUGCAAGACCUGUACUCCAGACGCAAGGGACUUUGGUGGUGCGAGCAAUCUCUCGGCCCCGCCCAUUUACGUAGCGGCCAUCUUGUCCCUCGCCGCCAUUUUGAGACACUAG